AGCCGUUGCAGGUGUGGCGGUCUCGGCGGAGGCGGCUUUGGAUAGCGGUUGUGCGCGCGGGUUCCUCAUCCCGUGGCUGUCCCCUUCCUCCGCAGCAGGGGCGGGCUUCUGCGGUUCGGCGGGUGGGGGAGGCGGGGUCCCCCCCUUGUAGGGCGGGCGUGUGGGGCUGUGGUACCCCUUGGAUGCGCUCCCGGAGCCCCGGGCAGGAGGGGGCCGGAGGGAAGCGUCGCCUCGCCGCUGCCUAAGAGGAUUUACUACGUCUCGGACUCCGCCUGGCGCCGGUGCCGCCGCCGCCGCCCCCUGCCGUGUGUGCAGGUCCCCCCGGCGCGCGGGAAGCGGAGAUGGACGAGAAGUACCUGCCCGAGCUGAUGGCGGAGAAGGACUCGCUGGACCCGUCCUUCACCCAUGCGCUGCGGCUGGUGAACCAAGAAAUUGAAAAAUUCCAAAAAGGGGAAGGAAAGGAAGAAGAAAAGUAUAUUGAUGUAGUGAUAAAUAAAAAUAUGAAGCUGGGGCAGAAAGUAUUAAUUCCAGUAAAACAAUUCCCUAAGUUCAACUUUGUGGGAAAACUUUUGGGUCCACGUGGCAAUUCACUGAAACGUUUACAGGAAGAAACAUUGACAAAAAUGUCUAUACUGGGAAAAGGCUCCAUGAGGGACAAAGCCAAGGAAGAAGAGUUGAGAAAAAGUGGGGAAGCAAAAUACUUUCACCUAAAUGAUGAUCUGCAUGUUCUAAUUGAAGUAUUUGCCCCACCAGCAGAGGCAUAUGCCAGAAUGGGACAUGCUUUGGAAGAAAUCAAGAAGUUCCUUAUCCCUGACUACAAUGAUGAAAUCAGACAGGCACAGCUUCAAGAGUUAACAUAUUUGAAUGGUGGUUCAGAAAAUGCAGAAGUUCCAGUUGUUCGUGGAAAACCACCAAUACGAGCACGAGGAGUACCAGUCCCUGCUUUGGCCAGGGGCCGUGGAGGAGUGCCACCCCCAGCAGCAGGUGUACCAAGAGGGGCACCAGCUCCCAGGGGAGUGCUUCCCAGUAGAGGUCCAGUCAGUCGUGGUCGUGGACUUCUAGCCCCCCGAGCAAGAGGAGUACCUCCACCUGCAGGAUACCGGCCUCUGCCACCACCUCCAGCGCAGGAGACAUAUGGAGAAUAUGAGUAUGAUGAUGGAUAUGGCACUGCUUAUGAUGAGCAAGGCUACGACUCCUAUGACAACAGCUAUAGCACCCAGGCACAAAGUGGAACAGAUUACUAUGAUUAUGGACAUGGACUUAGUGAGGAAACAUAUGAUUCUUAUGGGCAAGAAGAAUGGACCAACUCAAGACACAAGGCACCUUCAGCAAGGACAUCAAAGGGAAUCUACAGAGAUCAGCCAUAUGCCAGAUACUGAUUGUACUGUCUGAUGUUGUGAAAUAUCCAAUCUCCACCAGUCCUGUAUACUGUUCCAAGUAAUUUUUUUCUAUAAACAAUCCCUUUUUAGUAAAUCAAAGUGCUUAAAAAUUGAACGGCUGGACUGAACUUAAACUAUUUUGUUGAAAGAACAACCUGGACAGAAAGAUAUGUAAAACAAGGAUCUUUGUUAUUUCCAGACUGUAUUUGAAAAAU